AUGGAAUGCUGGAAACUACAGCAAAAGCGUAUCUUUUACUUUGUGAAUGCUGUGUUAUUGUGGAGCGCAGAAUCCUAUUCUGUUUCUGUUGAUGCGAGAGGUGAAUUGAGACAAUCGGAAGGCCUUUUGCGAAGGGACUCUCAAUUUACCAAUCGCACAGGCAAUGGGGGGACACCGCUGAAGCCCAAGGCCUUGCUGGAGGUGUGGACAUUAGGCGGAGCCUUGAAUCACAGUCAUGAAACGCCCGAGUCAUUGCGUACUGCAGAGAAGGAGAGACAUGCCAUGAGCACGCUGACAUAUGUUUGGUUUCCGAUGGCAGCUGUCAUGGCGAUUCUCUUCGAGGCGUUUCAUCUUCGAUGGGCUGAAGUCGACUGGUCUUUGCCUUUGGAUCGCAGUGAUGGCCGAGAAGGCUCCGAGAAGGUGGACAGCAGUUUUCGGGGCUUGACGCUGCGUUUGGCGCAGCGUGGGUGCCAUUUGGCUUGGAUCUAUUUUGCUGGUGCUGGAAGAGUAAAGGGCCGAUGCUACUUGAUACUUCUGGUUUGGAUACAUCUCGUUGGGAUGUACCUGGAGCUCCUCACCUUUGAUUUUCAGAAAAGGUACUGGAAUCUCUAUCAGCAACCAAGUCUACCACUGUUUUUUGAGCUUAUUCGCAAUUGGUUCAUUUUGCAUAUUACCCGAAUGAUCACGUACGUCUACGAGUUCUACGUGGAGGACAUUUUCCUUUUGCAUUGGAGGGAUCAUCUCACCAGAUAUUUUGAAGCGAUCUGGGUGCCAAACACUUAUGUCUUCAAGAUGAAAGAAGGAGGCAAACUCGACAAUCCUGACCAGAGAAUUCAUGUGGACACGGCCAACUUUGUGACUCAGACGUAUUCACUGACAUUUGGUGUGAUGAAAAUGCUCCUGAACUUGCUGAUGUACAGUUACAUGUUGAUGAGUAUCACACCUACGCAGAUGCACCCUGGAUCCUUGGUGGCUAUCGCUUUCCUUUACUCUGCGCUCGGCUCCAUGACAAUUCAUCUCAUGGGUUCGAAACUGGCUCACUUCAGCUGGCUUGGAGAGCGUUGCGGUGGAGAUUUCCGGUCUGAACUGCGGCGGGUCUAUGAUCAGUGCGAAAGUGUGGCCAGCUUCAGAUCUGACGAGGCUGAGCUCUGCCGUUUGCAGCAUCGAUUUGAAAGGAUCAAGCUGAAUACUUGGCAGACCAUGCUACUCGAAAAAAGGUUGGCGAUUGUGCAAAAAUGGUACAGCCCUUUGAGAGAGAUUCUCUUCAUGUGCAUUCUGGCGCCUUUUUUCAUCACAGGUGUGGUCAGUUUGGGAAGACUGAAACAAUGCGAGAUGGCUCUGGAUCGUAUCAGUGACUCUUUCAGUUUUCUUGUUGAGAACUACUCGAACUUGUCAACAUAUCGGGCUGUGGUAGACCGACUUUACAAUUUUCGAUCGAGCUGUUUGGCGUAUCUCAAGAGCCGCAAAGAUGAGAGAGACGGAGAAGAUGGAAGUGAGAGCAACAGAAAAACGGAGCUCGCGAUUAUCGAACGACUUGCUCCUCUUGGUAUACCGCCGAAAUGGCCUCCAUUUUGGGGUGGCUCUUCGCUUGAAGUCUUGCAGAUUCCUCCAUCACCUGAGACAGACCUGUCCUUGGAUGCAUCCAUUUAUUUGCCGUCUGGUGAUUUGCUGAUGGAAGAUGUUCACAUCCAGGUUCCCCGCGGAUCUGGUGUCAUGAUUUGUGGAGAAGAGGGUGCAGGCAAAUCGACCAUCCUCAGGGCCGUGGCUGGAAUGUGGCCCUUUGUGAAGAGAACGGAUGGAAGGAACGACACCCAGUGCACCGGAGGAAUGGCAGACAUUUUCUUCAUUCCACAAAAACCAGGUUUGCCGUCGCCGAUGUCACUGCGAGAAGCUGUGAGUUUUCCUCACAGUGCAGAUCACUUUCGAGACGAGGACAUUCGAGAUGUACUGCAACGCGUUGGCCUCGAGUUUGCACCAGGACUUGAUUCUAAGAUUGAUGUGAACACUACACUUUCGGGAGGGGAGUUUCAGAGGUUGAUGGUGGCACAUUGCAUUCUUGCCAAGCCUUCUUUCAUUUUCCUGGAUGAGUCCAUGGCUCAUAUGUCCAGAGCAAAUCGACUACAGAUGUACAAACUCUUGGCAGAAUUAGUGCAAAACGGCACCGGUCUCCUGAGUACCAGUCAUUGCUGGCAAGAGCUGAUCCAGUUUCACAGUGAGUUUUACGUGAUCGAGGUGAAGAAGCUGGAGGAUGGCUCGUUCAAACGCAGCCUUGUGCCUUUCCGUCCAAGCGAGCGUGCAGAAGGAGAUCUUUGCAUGCAGGUGAACGAGAAGGACAAAGAAAUUGAAAGAUUGCGGGAAGAAAUAAUUAGAUUCAGAAAGCGUUCAAAACAGGCAUAG